AUGACUCCCCAAGCUCCGCCUAGGCUCGCCGAGAUUCCAGCCUCACCAAUCUUGACAGCCGUGUACGAUCUACCACCACAAAGGCAGACGUUCAUACCGUCGAGUAACUGGAAUGUCAACAAUGUUCCAACCAAUGAAGACAUCCCUCUGAAGCUUGACACAUCGGCCGGCCGAGAUGAUGCAGAAGACGCAGUGUCUGCAUCGUCUUUGAGGCCCUCUUCUUACCUUCCUGGAGACCUGCGGUCAUCGGAACGGCGCCGUUCUCAAGGCCUUUGCCCGAGCCCCAAAUCCGAGAGGUCUGUCUCUGAGAACGACGAUACAUUCACUAUACGUACAGACUACGAUGUAGGAUACACGGCUGCCUGCGAAGAAUAUGCUUCUGAGGGGGGGAUCGCUACUACCCCCGCGGACCAGGCAGAUAUCCUCACCCAAAUUGGAUCAGUGUCGAAGACCGAGCCACUGGACGUACUUCUGAGAGACCGUUUCGUCACUAGAGGUGGCAAUUCAAGUGGCACAAGGCAAGAAUGGAUUCCCAUUGGUUCCCUGUUUCAACUUGUGAACGAGAGCCAGGUCUAUCACGAGUUGACGGAGGCCUUCAAGGCCGCUCACCUGAGAUUCCAAGACAAACAGAUAAGUGACUAUGCUCGGAAGAUCUGUCAAUUUCGAGAGUCAGAAUACCAUGAUGGGAAAACGUCACAUAGGAAGAUCUUCGCAAUUCUUGCCCUCAUGGAUCGUAUCGUGGACGCGCCGUUCUUCGUCGAUCGCGGAUUCAGCGACCGAGACCUGCCGGUUGAAAAUGUGCGCAACUUCGGCGGGCCGGGCUUCCGCACCUGCGGUGGGGGAAGAGAAACGUCUUUCGAGGUUCCAGAUCAUUGGAAACCGCAUAACUUGGAUUCCUUCAUAAACUACCAAGAACAUGUUAUGGCACCCUUUUUUGAACUAGAUAGCAAUUCUGUCGCUUUCUACAACUUGAACGAGAAAUCUGUGCUGCCGUUCAUCGAGGAUGAAAGCAGCCAUCGACGCACAUAUGGGUACCAUGGCACUGUUUACCGUGUCAAGAUACACCCAGAUCAUCAUAAUGGCCAUGAAGGCCUGGAUGGCGACGAUGAUCAGCGACAGAACCCUUCGUUUGCUGUGAAAGAAUUGGUAUGUAAAGAUGGCAAAGAGGAUGUGUUCCAGGAAGAGAUUGAAGCGUGGAGGCAAGCCGCUGGCACCGCUCUCCAUCCCCAUCUCAUUCGACUUCUUGCAACAUGGCGCCAGUCUCAGGUUUGGAACCUCCUUCUUCCCUGGGCAGACGGAAACCUCUGGGAUUUCUAUGAGAAACACCCCGAGCCUCAGCCCGAUCUAUCACAAGCCAAAUGGAUGAUCGAACAGCUGCUUGGACUAGCCGGAGCCCUGCAGCGGAUUCACCGGAGCGGAUCGGGUGACCUAGAGACGAAACGUUGGGGCAUACACGGCGAUAUCAAGCCCGAGAACAUAUUGUGGUAUAAAGACAGCGCGGACCCGAACAAUCUGGGGAAGUUUGUCAUCUGUGACUUCGGUUUCACUCGCUUUCACACCAAAGCAUCCAGAUCAAGGGCACACUCCGAAGGCGAAAACCUUAAAUACAGAGCACCUGAACAGGGAUCAAUAAGUAGAGCGUAUGACAUGUGGUCUUUUGGCUGCGUGCUAUUGGAGUUUGUCACCUGGUACCUGGCCGGUCACAGACAUGUCGAGGACACUUUUUAUCAACGGCGACGACAUGAUGACAGGGGCGAGCAAGUGUUCGCCGUGGACAAAUUCUUCAACUUCGACCAUAAUCACCGGCCAUGCAAGAAGGAGAGUGUCGAGAAGUGGAUCGAAGAUCUCCGGCGCCACCGUCAUUGCAGUGCGCUGUGCAGCGAUCUCUUGGACCUGAUGAAGAGGGAUCUUUUCGUCAUUAAUUAUAAGGAACGUGGCGAUUGCCGCAACGUCGUUUAUGAAUUGAGGAGCAUCCAGAGGAAACUGAACGCCCAAGGGGAAUCCUAUGGCUUGGCCAUGGAGCAAGAAUCCCCCAUCGGCCCCUGGCCUACGCCCCAAGACACUGAAGCAUUGCCUACAGGUGGUAGGCAGGUAGUGAUACAAACCGGAUGGAAUGCACCCGUCCAUAUCACCAACACGUGGCUGUCACGAGAUAGCGAGGCAAGCCACGAAGGAAAUGUCAUGGCCCGCGGCCAGAGACCCUACGGGACCGUGGACCAAGUCCUCCGCACUCCUAGCCAACCGCAGACAGCGACAGCAAACCCGAGAAGAUCGCCAAGCCAGAGAUACUCCAUUCGCAUCGAUCUGGAAGACGCCGAUGAUACGGCACCCCUUCUCGGGACUUCCAGCGGUGCAUCGCAAUCAUAUGGAGCUGCAGAGACUAGUGGAUCACGGCAACCGUUAUCGACAGAAACGACUUUGGAGGGAGAACUACACACAGGUAGCCCGGACGAGUCUCAAGGCACAUUAGGGGACGUGAAUGCCCCGAGCAUUUCCAGCGGGAUUGCACCUUCCUUGGAUCAGAAGGGGAAAAAAGCAUCUCACACAUCACCUUUCGGGACACUAUUCAGAGCAAUAUUUGGAGGGUGUCUGGCUGCUAGAGACUAA